CGACCAACCAUCAAUCGAGUGGAAGCAUUUGCUGGUAAACCCAACGUGUUUGCGCCCGCCACAGGCUACCAAAACAUACAUCAAAUUGAAAUCCAAAUACUGCCACGCGAGAGUAUCCGUGUCCACCGAGAGCCUGCGAAUAGAAGUUUCAGGCUUGGAAUCAAAAUAAGAGGGCAGAUAGGCCGAUAUUGAAAAGGAGCAUCCGGUGUCACCAUCGGCCCUCACAAACGGCAAGCUUUUCUUCAUCAGCCUCUGCCUGGCGUAAGGGCGUGUCAAGUCUCCACGAAGGGCGCCAUGGCUUCAGAAAUGGAGACCAACCCACUCAUAUCAACACAAAAGUCCGACUCUGAGCUCCAUGUCGGCCUGCACCCUCUCGUGCUUCUUACUGUUUCCGACUACAUAACAAGGCACACCCUUCGGGGGCAGACAUGUUCCAUAGUUGGAGCGAUUCUCGGCCAGCAAAAUGGAACUAAAAUCACAAUGGAACAUGCUUUUGAGUGCUUGACACAGUCCCUACCCAAUGGCGAUCUUUCUCUAGACCAGGAUUGGUUCACCAAUAGGCUAGACCAAAUGAAACUUGUUCACAAGGAUCGCAAUUUGGACCUCGUUGGCUGGUUCACCUUACUCCCCCGCGCUGGUCCCGAUCAACGGCUUCUACAGCUACACAACCAAAUCCUCGCCGUCAACGAGUCUGCCGCUCUACUGGCUCUCCAUCCCGAAGACAUCGCCGCGGCUGCCGGCAGCAAACUACCCGUCACGAUAUACGAGACAGUCCUCGAGUCCGAUGAUCAGAGGCAGAACCAGUCUACCGGUGGCGAUGAGGAGAUGAAGGACAGCGGGAACGAGUCUGCCGAGACUUCACUGAAGCCCAGGUUUCGCGAGCUGCCUUAUUCUGUAGAGACGGCCGAGGAUGAGAUGAUCAGCAUGGCCUUUGUCGCCCGCGGUGGUGCCAACGCUGGAACUACGACCGUGGUUGACGACCCAGCGAACCGGAAGAAGUCAUCAGUCUCGUCCGUUCAGGUUGACACGAAAGGCAAGCGGAGAGCGGUGACCAAGGAGGAAGAGGAAGAGGAAACGGGCGCUGCUGAGCCCGUCCCCUUGUCUCGCGAAGACGAGGAGCUCGUUUCGACCCUCACGGCCAAGGCAAACGCCAUCAAGAUGCUUUCGGCCCGAAUCCAACUCAUCACAAAGUAUCUGGAGGGAUUACCUCCAUCGUAUCUAUCCGGAGACCAGAGUAGAUCGGCUCUGGACGUCUCGCAUCAAACCAGUGGCACCACAUCCCCGUCUCCGGUCUUGCUACGGUCGAUCCAGGCAUUGGUUAACCGGAUCCCACUCCUGAUUCCCUCAUCGACGGAAGCAUUCAAGCAAGACAUGCUGAGCGAGGCAAACGACGUACAGAUUGUUUCACUUCUUAACGACGUCUUGCAAAGCGUCAACGAGCUGAGGGACGUUGGCAAGAAGUUUCAUGUGGUGGAGCUGGCUAAACCACGCAAGGGCGACAACUCUUCAUUACUUGGGAUCCAGCAACAAAUGUCUACCGCGGGCGAUAUCAUGUCGUGAGUAGUACGUCGAGGCGGUACAAUAGCAACUAUCUGCCUUUUUUGGGUUGAUAUGGUGAAUGAUGUUAAUGGCGUUUGAUGAUAUUCUCAUUUUGGAGCGAUACGUAAUAGAAUUUUCACUUUGGCAAUCAAGAAUGCUGCAGAAGCACUAGGAACAGCAUGAAUUACCAAUGACGUUACGCAAGCGGGAGUCGUGGAGUGUUUUAGCCUUGUGGACAUUCAUGGGUAAAGUUUACUUACCCUUUAUCUGGCUUGGAGGAUAAUCGUGCUACAGUAGCCGCUUGCUUGAGCUUUCGCCAAGGCCCAGGAUGGCGAAAGCGGGACAAAAAGUACGACUGGCAUGGAUCGUGGUAGUGCUGCAUGGUCGACAGAAGUACACAGAAAAAGAGAUAUUUUUUUCUGAUUACUAUUUCGCAGGCUCCCGUUUCUAUCCAUGUAUGACAUUGGGUUAUAGCCCACACAUAUAGAGCAACAGAUCCCCCUUAGAUUGAGCACAGUAAUAAUACAUAGUCGGUCUAGUCUUUGAGAUAUUGUACAUCCAAUCUUCUAAACAUUCCCC